AUUAAUCAGGUGAAUUGACUAAUAACCGCUAGAAAACCGCCAUAAUAUUUUUUAGAUGCGUAUGCAGAUAUAGAGGCCCAACGAGCAAGCAGAACAGCUAGCUUGUCCAGCUGGCAUUCCGUAUCGGUUUGUGACGCAAUAAAAUUAAUUCAGAACGAACGAUAAGCAGGAACGAGUUUCCUGGAACAUGAUGGAAACGGCAUAAAAUCUAUCGAAGAAUUCAGUCGACAUCAUGGAGAGCUUAAGUGAAGGCGACAAAGCUGUUUUGAACUCCAUCUUCGAUCCGUUCCAGCCGCUUGGGUCGUCUGAUUUUCCGGAGGAAAUCGAAGAGACGGCGGAUUCUAUCGUGGAGGAUCAGUUAGAGCCGCAUGUGCUGGAUAUCGUGAAGAGGGCAAUAAUCUGUGCAGAAACGAAGAAGUACGAGGAGUCGUUCCAGCUUUUCGACGAAGCUUUGAAACAGGCACCUAAAUCGCCAUUAAUUUUGAACGACAGGGCACAAGCGUUACGUUUGGCAAAUCGAGAUGAAGACGCUUUAGAAGACCUACAUUUGGCGGUGGAAUUGAGCGAGGGAAAGGGACGAGCAGGCGUCCAGGCACUCUGCCAACGCGGCGCCCUUUAUCGAUCUAUGGGACAGAACGACAAGGCUAAGGAAGACUUCACGCGGGCGGCUAAGGCUGGUUCGAGCUUCGCUAAAUCACAAUUGGUCGCCCUAAAUCCUUACGCGGCCAUGUGCAACGCGAUGCUGCGUGAGAUCAUGUCCAAGAUGAAUCAUAAUUCUUAAUGUAAUUGCAUGGGAUUGCGAGCAAUGAUUAUGCUUACGAGAUAACGCUUCACUUCAUUUUUAUUUAAAUAGAGAUAAAUCCAGGAGUGGCGUACCUAUGUAAGGAUCUUUGUGAUCGCAAAAAAGUAUAAUAAUAAUAAUAACAAUAAUCA